GUACGUUCGUACUACGUGCAAUUUAUCAACUCAAAGUUUUCUUUAAUUGAUAAGGCAACUUUGUAUUCAUCCGCAAUUCUGGCAUUCGCCUAAAUGAUAAACUUUGAAGAGGUAUAACUUAAAACUGAAGCUUUCUUUGAUGCCAUUUCAACAGUGACCAAGCUAUAACAAACAGCAAACAAAAGCAACAAUGGAAACAAAGCCCAACGAAACAAAAGCAAACACGUUGACAGUUCGACAAAAAAUUGCAUAUUUUUCGGACCAUAUUACUACUGUUUGUCAUGUUCUAAUACUUUGGUAUGUUCUGUAUACUUGGUAUAUCGCUUUCAUUGCCGAUGGAUGGAAUCUUAGUAAUCUUUCCCUUCAUGCCACACUUUACGUCCAAGGGUGGACUUUUCUAAUGUUAGAAGGGAUAAUGGCGAUAUCCCCUAACAAUGUAGUGUCCCGACAUCUUUCACCCGACAAUCGAAACCGACUUCACACCGUUUUGCAAAUAAUGAGUGCUGCAUUUUGUUUGGCUGGUUACUUAAUCUUGUACCUCAACAGUUCCAGGCAUCUUAUGACACCACAUUCAAAAACAGGAUUUGCAUCACUUGUCUUAACUUUACCGACUUGCAUUAAUGGAUUUACUGCCCUUUUUGCAGUGGAGCUUAAGAGAUUUAUUAGUCCUGGAGCUCAUAAGCUGAUUCACUCUGUAUGUGGUAUAGCAACAUUCGUUGUUGGUACAGUCUCUUUGUACUAUGGGCUUGAUAAGGGAUGGUACAGAUUCAGAGUUGGGGAAGAUACAGUGAAAUACACAAAAGCGGUUAUUUUAUUCACUUUGAUUUGGCCCAUGAUACAACCACUUCUAACCUGUUUCGAAAGAAUUAGGUACAUGUUCUAAAAUCCACUGUAUCUAUAAUAUAUAAUUUAUUAUAUGUACCUAUAUCACUUAUUGUUAAGUGUAUACCUACUCAGUAUGUUAGUUUUAUGCUUAUCUACAAACAACAGGUAAAUAUGUAGCUCUUUUUCUUCAAAGGAAGUAACGCGGAUGAAAUUAAAUGUACUAUAGCUAGUUCUGAAUCUCAUGAGCCUGCAUAUGCGUGAGUAAUGCAUUUUGAUGGUAUACUACAAAAACAUGGACUCGGCUGUUAGUCAUAUGUUUCGCUAUAGGUUCAAUCAGGGGUGGAACUCCAGGUAAAAUGUAACGGUCAAUCUUUUUAAGAGGUAGAAUAUUGGAGAAAUCAAUCAAUUAACGGGUGUGGUUUUGGUAGCCGAAGGUCAAGGUUCAUGAGAUUCUGCACUACCUCUAACAGUGACACAAUUUAUUUACAUCACGCUCAACGGACGUUCAAUAAAAAACAUGAAUUGGAUAUGAAAAAUCAAUAAAAAAUAAUUC